AUGCAGCGGCCCGCGGACCCGCCCGCCCCGACGCCUGGGCAGCUCAGCGCGCACUUCGCGGAGCUGCGGGCCUCCUUCGCCCAGGAGUGCGCGCGGAUCGCGGGGCUUCUCGACGAGCACGCGCUUGCGCUCCAGGCGCUGGCCGGCGCCACCGCCGAGCACCCGCAGGGCUGGCCCGGGGCCCUGGGGGCAGGCACGCCGAGCCGCGAGGCGGAGGAGCCCCCUGCCUUCGUCCCCGAGCUGCCGGAGGCGAAGGAGCCGCCGGCCGUCGCCGACGUGCACGCCGGCCCCGGGCUUGCGGAGUGUGUGCCGGCCGCCCCGUCGGUAGAAUCCAGGAGGAUUUCGGCGGAUUCUGCCCAUCCGGCCGCGGAGCCCCUCGGCUACGUCCCGGGGUGGCUGCCCGGAGAGCCGCGGGGGGUCCCUGGCGCCGAUGGCGAGGAGUGCGCGCCGUUCGGCUGCCGGGCGUGGGCCUUGGACGACUCUCAGAGGGCGUCCGACGUGGCCGCCAGGUCCACCGCGGAGGACGCGCUGCCCACUCCCCCGUCGCCCCAGGAGGGUCCGAGGGGGGCGAGGCAUGCCCGACGUGGGACGAAGGACUUGCGGCUGGCGCGGGAUGGGACGAUGGAGGCGCGGCUUGCGCGAGGGGCGACGUGGUUCUCUAGCCGGGACGGAAGCUUGCGGGCUUCGCGCAUGACGCGGUCGACGGAUGUCGGCGGCGAAGGCGCUUUCUUCGACGCCAAGGCGUACGCGAAGAAUGCCGAGGUGACGGCCUGGGAGGGCGAAUACGAUGAGGCCAAUCUAUACAAGGAAGAUGGGACAGCCCAGUGGCUCGCACGACAUCCUGCCUUCACCACCGUCCAGUUUAUUGUCGUGGCCUUGAACAUCAUCUGGAUCGGGAUCGAGACCGACUACAACGACAAGGAAAUAUUGUACGAGGCCGACGCGGCCGUUCAGUUGGUGGAGAAUUUGUUCUGCUUAUUCUUUUUGUGGGACUGGAUCGUCCGGCUCUGCGCGUUCAGAUACAAAUGCGAUUCUCUCGGUGACUUUUGGUUCAUGUUCGAUUCGGUGCUUCUGGUCAUGAUGGUCUUCGAGACAUGGGUUUUGCUCAUCGCGUAUGCCGUGUUUCGAAGCGACACCUCUUCGUGGCCCACAAACCUUCUGCGGCUGGUCCGGCUCCUACGAUUUACUCGUUCAGCUCGCAUCGCGCGGCUUCUUCGCAGCAUCCCUGAGCUGACUGUGAUUAUCAAGGGACUUAUGGUUGUCACUCGAACCGUGAUCUUGAUCAUCGUCUUAUUGACCAUGUUCGUUUACGUCUUUGCGAUACUCUUUGUGCAGUUUUUCCGGGACUUGGGGAACAGCAGGGACGCGGGGAACUUCGAUGACAUACCAUCAGCCAUGGCGACUUUGUGUCUUGGUGGCCUCAUUCCUGACAUGGCGCCCAUGACGUAUGCCAUCGCCGACGAGAAUUUGCUAUAUGGUGCUGUGUUUAUGCUUUUUGUUCUUCUCGGCGCGUUUGCCAUUAUGAAUAUGCUUAUCGGUGUGCUUGUCCAAGUUGUUGGAGUCGUCGCCACAGUAGAAGAAGAGACAUACCAGCUGAAACAGGUGAAAAAUAUUAUCAUUCAAAACAGAUUGCACCUCAAUGAAGAUGAUGCCAUCACGAUGCAGGAUGUCGAGGCUCUGUUUUCCGAUGCUGCGCUUGUCGGUGGAUUUCGCCAAGUCGGUAUUGACACGGACGACCUUUUGAACCACAGCAAGGAUAUCUUCAGGGGCAGGACCGAUCUAAAUCUCCACGCAGUCUGGCAGCUCGCCGUACAGCACCGGGGCGACUGUCCAGUAAAGGUGAAGGACCUUGUGCAUUUGAGACAGUUCAUCCGUUCACAGGUGUCAGCACUCGUCGAGCAAGUCCACAGCCUGGGGGCAACGACAUCGGCCGUGCAGGCAAAUCCCCCAGCUUGUAUUGCGCCGAUGCGCACGCCGAAGUCCUCGGUGGGACUCGCCCCCUCGGACAUGCACCGGGAGUCCCUGUCCGAUCGCGGCCGGCACUCGUCGGGUGCGACGUCGACGCCGAGAGCGACGGCGCAGCCGCUGCAGACGUGGCUCCACGAGCCGCCCGUCAGUCUCUUCUGA